AUGUAUGGUAGCAGAAAUAAAUGUACAAAAAAGGAAGUAAAGCUUUCAAUCACUCCUGAAACAAAUCUAGGGGGCAAAAAAACCUCGGAGGAAAUUCAAACCGAAAACAUAGGUGAACUUCAGACAGAUUGGAGUACAAAAUGCUGCUGUACUUCAAGAUUAAAAUUUAUAGAUACAGAUUUUCAGGAAGAUGUUGCUAAUGAGGAUGAGGGGAGUUCAGGGACACAGAUAAUCGAUGAGAUUUCAAAUGCUAUUUCAAGUUACAGAAGAGAUAGUGUUUUGAAUACUAUUUCCGAAUUUGAAAAAAAGUUGUUGACGAUUGGGAUGGCUGAGGAGUUUAACCCAGAAGAUAGUGAUUCUGAAAGAAGUGAGGAGGGAGAAUUAUACGUGAGAAGACACUCUGAAUUAACUUCUAAACCUUUAAUCUUGAACGCUGUAGAGAAUAGAAGAGCUACUGCUCCUGAUAAUAUACAAAAAAGAAUUAUUGACCAACUGAAUAUACAAAUCAAUGAGGACAAUACAGAAGAAUUAAGGUUGAACCCUAAACCUAUUUCGGAAUAA